CGACACGUUUGGCAGGGCGGGGCGCCUCGCGAAGAUGGUGGCGCGCGCGGCGUGUGGCUCCCGUCGUCUGCCCAAGUCUCAACUCAGCGCAUUGGCCGGCGACUCGCUGGUCUGGAGCCCCCGCCCGCCGGGUCCCUGACCCCGCGCCCCGCCGCGCCCGAUUCCCGGCAUGCCCCGCGCCCGAAAAGGCAGCGCGCCCCGCAGAGGCGGCCAGCGCAGCGGAGGAGGUGCCCGGAGCAGUACGCAAGCUGACUCAGGUUCCAGUGAGGAUGAGGCAGCCAGCGAGGCCCGCAGCACCACCAGUGAAUGUCCCAGCCUUCUUAGCACCGCAGCAGAGGAAAGCUUUGGGGGGGAUGCCGUGGAUGAGCAGGGCCAGCAGGAAGACCUUGAGGAGAAGUUGAAGGAAUAUGUGGACUGCCUCACAGACAAGAGUGCCAAGACCCGGCAGGGUGCUCUCGAGAGCCUGCGUCUGGCCCUAGCAGCGCACCUACUCUCUGACUUCUUGCUGGAGCGCAGCCUCACAGUGGCUGAUGCCUUGGAAAAGUGCCUCAAGAAAGGGAAGGGCGAGGAACAGGCCCUUGCCGCUGCUGUGCUAGGCCUGCUGUGCAUUCAGCUGGGCCCUGGACCCAAGGGUGAGGAGUUAUUCCACAGCCUGCAGCCCCUGCUGGUCUCUGUGCUCAGUGACAGCACAGCUAGCCCUGCUGCCCGGCUCCACCAGUGCGCUUCUGCUCUUGGCCUGGGCUGCUACGUGGCUGCCACCGAUGUCCAGGACCUGGUCUCCUGCCUCACCUGCUUGGAAGGCGUUUUCAGCCGGUCCUGUGGUGUGGGUGGCUCCACAGCCCCUGUGGUCCCUGUCAGCCUGCAGGGCUUGCUCUGUGCUGCCCUGCAGGCCUGGGCCUUGCUACUCACCAUCUGCCCCAGCGCCCAUAUCAGCCGCAUCCUGGACAGGCAGCUGCCCCGGCUGCCCCAGCUCUUGUCCAGUGAAAGUGUGAACCUGCGGAUGGCUGCCGGCGAGACCAUCGCAUUGCUCUUUGAGCUCACCCGGGACCUUGAGCCAACAGAGCUCAGGCUUCUGCUCCCACGUCCUCCAUCGCUCCCACUGCAGGAGGACUUUGUUUAUGAGGACAUGGAGGCCCUCUGCAACAUGCUGCGCACUCUGGCCACUGACAGCAACAAGUAUCGGGCCAAGGCUGACCGCCGGCGCCAACGCUCUACCUUCCGGUCCGUGCUGCACUUUGUCGAGGGCGGCGAGUGUGAGGAGGAGACAAUCCGCUUCGGGCUCGAGGUGCUCUAUGUGGACAGCUGGGCUCGGCGCCGGGUCUACGCUGCCUUCAAGGACGCGCUGGGUUCCGGCAUGCACCACCACCUCCAGAACAACGAGCUACUCCGUGACAUCUUUGGUCUGGGCCCUGUGCUGGUGCUGGAUGCCACUGCCCUGAAGGCCUGCAAGAUCUCACGUUUUGAGAAGGAAGAACACAUAGUAAAUGUCAUCCUUAAGACCUCAAAAGGGGACUUCCCUGGUGGCUCAGUGGUUAAGAAUCCGCUUGCCAAUGCAGGGGACACGAGUUCGAGCCCUAGUCCAGGAAGAUCCCACAUGCCGCGGAGCAGCUAAGCCCGUGCGCCACAACUACUGAGCCUGCGCUCUAGAGCCUGUGAGCCACAACUACUGAAGCCCGGGCACUUAGAGCCUGUGCUCUGCAACAAGAGAGGCCACCGCAAUGAGAAGCCCGCGCUCUGCAACGAAGAGUAGCCCCCGCUCGCCGCAACUAGAGAAAAGCCCGUGCGCAGCAACGAAGACCCAACUCAGCCAAAAAUAAAUAUUAAAAAAAAAAAAAAAAAGACCUCAAAAGGAAGCAAACACUCUCACACCCAGGGCCAGUCCCCUCCCAUUCAGUAUAAAAUGUCGAAAAUGUGAUGGGGGGAGUUGACCAGUUGGGUCAAGCUGGAGCCUUGGUGCAGCUGGUCCUGCAUCCUGGCCAGCACUGUACCUGAAGCUUCCCAGGUCCCUGCUCUGGCCCCUCUGAGCUUCCAUACUUUUUGCAUGACAGUGAGUCAAUUAGGAAAGUGGCCACCAAAGUCUUUAACUAGAAGUCAGUCCGGCCAGGCCAAGGGACCCCAACCUUUAGCCAGUUGGGGCCACACAGGCCCACACUGGAGGCCAGAAGCCUAUCCACUCCCAGUCCCUGGGUCAUGUGCCCAAAUGCUUUGCAAAACCACUGCCUGCCCCCAAUCCCAGUGCCCUCCCUUAAGGAAGAGCUUAACUGGCCAGCCUGCCCAGCCCACACCCACUUGGGCACAACCUGUAGUUGACCCUCCCCUGCCCCCAACCCCUCCCUGCUGUCCUCAGCAGGGGUUACAGGUAUGAGGUGAGGAGGCGUUCGGGGCAUGGUAGGCCCUUCCUUCACGCAUAGGGGGCCAGUCCCUUCACUCGAGCUAGGACACGGUGACUGAUGACUAGUUAAGGAAGUGAGGUCAGUAGGAAAGGGGCCAGGUUUCUCCAUGGUCUACAGGGUCACAGCAUUGGGGCCUUACCCUCCCUCACAGUCAUUUCCUACCUUCUUGGGCCUCCUCUGGCAUGGUGGGUGUUGGGCAGGCAGGGGGUCGAUGGGAGUGCCUAGUACCAGGACCAGAUAGAGGCAGCAGUGGCUCCGCUGAGAGCCUGGGGAAGGCCUGGCCGCCUCCCAACCUGGGCUGAAAAUAGGCGUGAGCUCAGCACACUGGGCUAUAUUUAGAGGGGGCACCUCCCAGCCAUGGGAAGGAGCAGAGUGACCCACAUGGACCAGCCUAGACGAGCUACCUGGUGAUGGAGCCCAGGCAAGAGCACACCUCCAGUAGUGCAUGUACCCUGGGAACCCUGCUACUCAUGUCUGCAGGGCCUUGGUGUCCAUCCAGACAAGCCUCCUCAGGCUCACCUCCAGUGAUGUCCCACAUGGCAAGCCCAUGCAAGGGAGUCCUAUGCAUCUCCACCCCUCCACCCCCUGAAGACCCCUACCCACAGCGGGUUCAUCUAGCAAAUGUGGGACAAGCACCCACCACUGAUCUGCUGGCAUCACGAAUUAGGAGUGAUGAACAACUGGAGCCCAGUGCCCUGAGGGCUCUGAGAGCCCCCAAAGGGGACAGAGACACCCCCAAUACCUGCAGGUACCCAUGCUGGUCAGUGGAGGAACAUAGGUUGAAGGUUGAUACUUCUAUUACUAAGUUUACAACUUUGGGUAAAGGAAUGCUCCCUUUCAGACCUGUUUUCUCAUCUGUAAAGCAGGAAUAACAAUGGUUCCUACCUGGCACAGUUCACAUGAGAAUGGAAAUAUAAGCACAUUCUGAAGCCCUUAGCCCAAUGCAAAGUUUUGAUCCUCCUUCCUCUCUCCAUAAGGGAACAGAGGUCACACAAGUUCAUGUGAGGAUGCAUGGCACCACCUGCCCUUAAAGAGAGGGAGUGGCCCAGCUUAGGACCCACCCUCUGCUGUUGGACCCCUGUGCCCCUCCUUCCCAAAUGGGACAAAGCAAGACAAUAGGAGCUACUUCUUAAACAUCUGAAAUCCAUCACUCUGCUGUAUCCUUCUUGAUAUUCCUCAAACGCAAGCUUGUUCCCACCUCAGGGCCUUUGCACUGGCUGUUCCCACCUGGAAUGUUCUUCCCUAGAUGCUCCCAUGGCUGGCUCCCUGUCAUUUAGCUCAAAUGUCACCCCCUCAGUGAGGCCUUCUGCUCACGUUCUUUUCUACAUCACCCAAUUUUAUUUUUUUCAUAGCAUUUAGCCCAGAAAUUAUAUCAUCCAGAAUAUACAGUUGACCCUUGAAUAACUAGGGGUUAGGGAUCCCAACCCUCUGUGCAAUGGAAAAUCCACAUAUAACUUUACAGUUCACCCACCCUCUGUAACCAUGGUUCCGCAUCUGCAGAUUCAACAAACCAGGGAUCCUGUAGUACUGUAGUACUAUUUAUUGAAAAAAAUCACAUGUAAGUGGAUCCUAUACAGCUCAAGCUGGUGUUAUUCAAGGGUUAACUGUACUAUGCAUGUCAGUAUCCCCAAAGGCCCUACAGAAUCCACUCAGUCACAUGGAAACCACCUUUAAUCCUCACCACAGCAUCCUUAAAAUAAAUAGGUUUUGAGACUUCCAGGAAGGUGUCCAAGGCCACACAGCAAGAACUAGUGAGACAGGGUGGGACCUGGCACCUUUUGCUGCAGUGCUUACACCUGGACAAACAACUCCUGGAGCAACAAUACAAGAAACUAUAAGGGACUAAAAAUAACUAUGCACCUGCAACUGGGGCAAAUUAUGAACAAGAUACAAAAAGACCAAAAACCCAACUGCCACUUCUGAAGUGUUGGGAGCAAAAGGAGUGCACUUCUCACGAUUCCUGCCCACGACACCACCAAGAGAGUGGGCAGACCACCUAAGCCACCCCUACCGCCUGAACCAUGGAUCUGACCCUACCCUCACCCCAUUUAAAGGACCAACUCACCCCCCACCCCCGCUUCAGGGAGCAAGCAAGGCAACCUGUUGUUUGUUUCUGCUCCCUUGUGCUGCAGCAUGAGUCCCAAUAAAGCCUUGCCUGAA